AGUGGACGGUGUUACUCAUUGGGUGAGCUUGGUCUUCAUCGGAAAACUCCCCACUGAGUAACUAUUGCGAGACCGCCCAUAUUUUACUUGCACGACCUCCCCUGGCUAAUUUCUAGUUAAAAAUCCGCAGGACCACUGUUUACUCAGAAGUCGAUGGUGUUCAGUGCCAAACUCUUUGGACUGGCAGGCCAAGCGCAUUGGUUCAAGUCCCUCCAAGCUUCACGUGGAGGCGUUUCCCCGUUGGAAUACUAACGAAGGAGAGAGAGAGGAAGGAUUGAGACUGACAAGAGCAGCGACUGAGACAGUAUGGUGAAGAUCGGAGUGAUCGCCAGGAAGGUUUGGAGCCUUCGCAAAGCCAUCAUAGUCUGCUUCACCCCACUGUUACUUUCUCCCAUAUUGCUGUUCAUGCCUCCAAAGGUCUAAGCAGGACAUAAUAUCUCUGAGCCAUUGAGCAUGAGCGGGUGGGGCAGCAUCUUUCCACCUAAGAAGGACUGCGCGUCUGGCCAAAAGAGAGGAGGGACGAUGUCUCUUUGUGAUUCUCCUGAUGGCUACGUACUGGUGCACAGAGGCUCUACCAAUCCCAGUGACGUCCUUGCUGCCCAUCAGUCUCUUUCCUCUCCUGGAGGUCUUGCCGUCCAGUACGGUUUGUCCUCAGUACUUCCUUGAUACCAACGCCCUCUUCAUGAGUGGCCUAAUCAUGGCGUUGGCCGUAGAAGAGUGGAACUUGCACCGGCGAAUAGCAUUAUCUGUCCUCCUCAUUGUGGGGUCAUCUCCGGCAAGGCUAAUCCUGGGCAUGAUGAUCACCACAGGUUUACUGUCAAUGUGGCUCAGCAACACUGCCACUACUGCCCUGAUGAUGCCAAUAGCCAGGGCAGUACUCCAAAGCUUAUUCUGCAGCAUGCAAGCUACCUGUGAGUCUGCGAAGCUGGACAAUUGUGAAGAAGACUCGCACUGUAAAGAUAAUACUUCAAAGGAACCACCGCCCAAUGAGGGGAUCCAUUUGUCUUCUAAUGACAGCAACGCCCCGGAGAAACGUGACAUUAACGCCACGUUUACAUUGAUGCAACAGAAGGCAGAAGAAGAACAGAAGAACCUGUGGAAAGGUUUCCUUAUCUGCAUCCCUUACGCUGCGAGCAUCGGAGGAACUGCCACGCUCACCGGGACCACACCAAACCUGAUUCUGGUCGGGCAGCUGAAAGUUUACUUCCCUGGCAAUGACAUGGUGAAUUUUUCCUCCUGGUUUAUGUUUUCCUUCCCUCUCGCCAUCAUCUUUCUGAUCAUCGGCUGGCUCUGGAUCGCUUUCCUGUAUGGAGGAUUCGGUAGAAGGUCAUGUGGCAAGAAGUCAAGCGAUAGUGAGGCCGAAGCCAGGGUGACGGAUGUGAUAAAGAGCGAGUACAAUAAACUGGGACCAAUCACGUUUGCAGAGAGGGCAGUUUCAGUUUUCUUCUUCUUAUUCGCGGCUAUGCUUUUCUCAAGAGAUCCAAGGUUCAUUCCCGGAUGGGCCAUUUUGUUCAGAAAGGGCUAUAUAACUGACGCGGUGACUGGAAUGACGUUCGUUAUUGUACUAUGCUUCUUCCCAUCCCAAAAGCCUUCGCUGAAGUGGUGGUUCAAUCCAAAAGCCUCAGGGAAAACAAAUCCCCCCCUGCUAAGCUGGUCGAAAAUCCAAAGUAACUUGCCCUGGAAUGUGAUCCUGUUGCUUGGCGGAGGUUACGCCAUUGCCAAAGGCUGUGAGGCCUCCGGACUGUCCGUCUGGCUCAGUAACCAGCUUCACCCCCUUGUGAACGUCAAGCCAAGCAUCGCUCUCCUACUCAUCUCUCUGCUAGUGACGUGCUUCACUGAAUUUGCCAGCAACACUGCCACCAUUAUAAUACUGCUACCUGUUUUAAUUAAGCUGUCUCUCCGGAUGAGGGUGAAUCCUCUGUACCUCAUGCUCCCCGCAACUGUUGUGUGCUCCUACGCUUUCAUGUUGCCGAUAUCAACGCCUCCAAAUUCCAUUGCGUUUGCCACAGGCCAUCUAAAGGUCAAGGAUAUGGUAAGGUCCGGGUUUGUCAUGAACAUCUUGGGGAUUCUCCUGCUUAUGCUAGCUGUGAACACGUGGGGUUACUACAUGUUUGAUUUGUCCACUUAUCCCAAGUGGGCAGAGCCUAUGCAAAACCUCACUCACACCUCCUUGAAUGGCACUAUGUAAUACAUGACUCCACAGAUUGCUAACCUUGCGAGAAGCAAUGCAGCACUGUCAACACUUGAGGUUGUGAAGCAACUCUCUCAAGGUUAGAUUGGCCCCGACUGUACAAAAUGACCUGAAGAAUUUACAGAUCUUACACAUAUUUUAAUGAAUAUGAACUAAUGAUUUUUAUAUUGAAUGUAAAAUGAUAAUUGUAAAAAGUUAUUUUCAGAGGAAUAGUUAUUAAUAAUCGUUAUUAAAAUGUACUGAAGAUGGAGAAUGGAGAAACCUCAUGUUUAAAAGUGUUGAAUUCAAAAGUCAAGAGGUUAUGUUGCAACUUUAUAAAACUCUGGUUGGGCCACAUCUGGAGUAUUGCAUACAGUUCUGGUCGCCUCACUAUAGGAAGUCUGUUGAGGGUGCAGAAAAGGUUUACCAGGAUUCUGCCUAGUUUAGAGUGAACGUGCUGUCAUGAGAGGCUGGGUAAACCUGGGUUGUUUUCUCUGGAGCGCCAGUGGCUGAGGGGAGAUCUGAUGGAGGUUUGUAAAAUUAUGAAAGGCGUAGAAUGAGUAAGUCAAGUCAAGUCAAAUUUAUUUAUAUAGCACAUUUAAAAACAGCCCACGUUGACCAAAGUGCUGUACAGAUCAGAGCAGAUAGCUAAAAUCAGAAAUACAAGAAACACAGACAUAACCAACAAGGCAAACAGCUCAUAGGCACAAAAGAAACAACACAAGGGCCUAGGCAGAAGCCAAAAAUCAGCCAUUUCAGGAGGAUUCAAACGCUAGUGAAUGAAAGUAAGUUUUGAGCCUGGAUUUAAGAGUCAAUGGAGGGGGCAGAUCUGACAGGGAGGGGAAUACUGUUCCACAGUCUAGGGGCUACAAUAGCAAAGGUGUGGUCACCCCUGAACUUAAGUUUAGAUCGCGGGACAGUCAGGAGCCCCAAGUCAGCCAACCUGAGGGACCUGGAAAUAGAAUAAGGAGUUUGAAGGUCUGUGAUAUAAUGGGGGGGGGGGGGCAGCCUAUUUAGGGCUUUAUAAACAAACAGGAGAAUCUUAAAAUCAAUACUGAGCCAUACUGGCAGCCAGUGGAGGCCAGGCUAGGAGUAAUAUGGUCCCUCGUCGGUACCUGUCAGGAGCCUGGCUGCGGCGUUCUGGACCAGUUGCAGACGGGACAGGGACGACUGACUAAUCCCAGUAUACAGGGAGUUGGAAUAGUCCAAGCGGGAGGAUGUAAGGACAUGGAUGACUUUCUCGAGAUUUUGAAAGAGAGAAACUGCUUGAUUUUAGCAAUAGUACGAAUCUAGAAAAAACUGGCUUUUACUACUGCAUUAACUUGCUUGUCAAACUUAAAGGUGGAAUCAAAUAUCACACCAAGGGAUUUAGCAUGGGGUUUGACAAGGGGGGACAGGUUACCAAGACUGUUGGUAAUCACUUUGAUGGAGUCAGGGGGGCCAAACAGGACAACUUCAGACUUGCCUUCAUUCAGCUGUAGGAUGUUCUGUGCCAUCCAACACUUUAUGUCCUCAAGGCUGUUCAUGAAGCUGACUAGAUUUGACUGGUUGUUUGGUUUCAGGGAGAGAUAAAGGUCGACAGUGGAAAGAAAUGUCAUAUUUUUGAAUGAUUUGGCCGAGGAGAAGCAUAUAUAUAUAGAGAAAAGAAUGGGACCUAGGGUAGAACCUUUUUGGACCCCACAGGAGAGUCUAGCUGGGGGAGAAGAAAAUUUGCCUAUGUUGACGGAGAAGCUUCUAUUUUUGAGGUAGGUUCUAAACCAGUUCAAGGCAGUGCCAUCAACACCAACGCCAUAUUGGAGAUGGUCUGUUAAACUGGCGUGAUCCACAGUAUCGAACGCUACACUGAGGUCAGGAAGAAUUGGAAUGGCUGAGUCACCUGAGUCGAUAGAGAGGAGCAGGUCACUCUACACUUUCAGCAGGGCAGACUCCGUGCUAUGACAAGCCUUAAAACCUGACUGAGAUCUUUCCAAGAUGUUGUUUUGGUGUAAAUAGGGCAGCAAUUGACUGAGAAUAACCUUUUUGAGAACCUUUGAUAUGAAUGGAAGUUUAGAAAAAGGCCUGUAGUUACUAGGUAAGGUAGGAUCUAAGUUGGGUUUUUUCAGCAAGGGCUGGACCACAGCAGGUUGGAACGGUCCCAGUGGCCAGGGAGCUGUUAAUAAUAGAGAGGUGUGCAGGUGUACCUAAUAAGGUGGCCACUGAGUGUGGUUUGAGAAUGGCUAAUAAACUACACAAGAACAAAGUCCACUUUGUCACAGUUCAAGAUGGAGACCCCCAAAUUAGCCACACAUACAGAUGAAUGUAAAAAUGAAGUGUAUUAAAUCAGUCCACAAUGAAACCAGAAAUAUGAAAUGUUCAUGCUUUAUAACUGGCAUUUCUCCUUUCGCCAAACCUCAGGCAAUUAAAACAUUUCGUGCUGAGAUGCCUUUGUUAAUUUUCUGUUGAAGAAGUUGGUGUGCCAGAGGUGUUCUAAAUGUCAUCACUUCACUAACAGUCACCGCCUUAGUCGACAUGCCAAAUUCUUUAAUGACCCGCAAACUAAUAAUUGCAUGAGGUUAAAUUUGAUCAACGCACACCAAGUGCUGGAGGAACUCAGCAGAUCAGCUAGCAUCUCUGGAGAGGAUUAAAUCUGACAGUCAGUCUCUGAAGUAACUCCCCCCUCUCUCUUUCUCUCUCUCCCCCCUCUCUCCCCCCCUCUCUCCCCCCCUCUCUCCCCCUCUCUCUCCCCCUCUCUCUCCCCCUCUCUCUCCCCCUCUCUCUCCCCCCUCUCUCUCCCCCCCUCUCUCCCCCUCUCUCUCUCCCCCCUAUCUCCCUCCUCUCCCUAGACUAGAGGGCCUGUUUUCUCUGUUGAAUGAUCCCACAAUACAACUACGUCUACAGGAUUUUGAUCUCUCACUCAAUAAGGUUAGCAUUGACUUCUUUUUACAACCCAAUCUAUGAUAUUAACUGGGUUUCUCUCUCCAUAGAUACAUUUUCAUUUUCUUUCAUAUUCCAGUUAUGAAUUAGAAUCAGGUUUAAUAUCAUCAGCAUAUGUCAUGAAAUUUGUUAACUUUAUGUCAGCAGUGCAAUGAAAUACAUAAUAAAUAAAUAUAGAGAAAAUAUUGAGUUACA